AUGCGGAAAAUCCCUCCCGACGGACACAUUCGACAAGCACAUACAGAUAACAAAGAUGGGACUGGUUGGGGUCACAUUACGAUCUUGAACAAGAAGAAAGCAUUUGAUGCCUACGGUACCCUGAAGCAGGUUUUCCUCAACUUGAAGGACGAGGAUAACCCUGACACUAUACGGACACUUCGCGGUCCAGAGGACAGUCUGGUGGAUUCCUCUCAACGUUAUCAACCUUUCGGCCACUCCUACAAUUCAUCAGCCUCCACCACCCUCUCGCCGCCCGUGUCACCUGUAACUGGCAGGGGCAAUUAUGGCUGUGGAAAUAGUGUCUUGUACACGAACCUUGCAACCUCGCCCAUCACAUCUAUGUACCAACCCGUGGUUCCCAUUCCCGUGCAAACGCUCGCACCGUUGCAGCAACCCGUUACCCCUGGAUAUAAUUCUUACCCGUCGUCGACAAUGCCCGUUCCUCAACGGCUCCUUCCUCCAUUGUCUCCCACGCACGCCACUCCACAGCAUCGCUAUAAAGCUUCAACAAAACGCACCGUUAGCAAAACCCCAUCAUCACCAUCCUCCAAGCAAGGUAACCCCAACCCUGACACGGUUGACCUUGACGGUCGCACAGUCUAUGUAUACAAUCUUCCAUACACCGUGGGCCAGCAAGCUAUCAAAGAGCAUCUUUCCUCCGUUGGGGUUGUAGACAGAUGCCUUGUCAAGGAGGACCGUCAACGGUCGUCCAAAUACAAGCUGACAGCGGUAGUCACAUUCCGCACACCGCAACAAGCACAGACAGCCAUUGACCGGUUCAACAGAACUAUGUGGAAAGGCUAUGAGAUCAAGAUCAAGUUAGACAGAGGACCCACUGCUGCUGGUGCUUCUGGUGUUGGAAAAGGCAAAUCUUCAACGGCUUCGCGUCCAAGGGAAGACCGUCGAGAGACCAGAGAUGGUCCGUUAGUUGUGAAUGGAAGCGGGCCUGGCAUCUCAAGUCGGCAGUGUCGGGUUGAUAGCGACGAUGAAUCAAGUUGCGAUUAA